UUGUUGACCGCUGCGAGACAUCUGGGCAGCUGUCACUGAAUUGUGCGCUUUUCUUCUCACCACCAACCCAGCCAUGGUCGUCUCGUCUGCGAACUGCGCACAAUGAAGACAUCCGCAACUUGUACCAACCUCAGUGUUUCUAUUAGUUUAUGAAUCGCUCGUGUGAGUGUGAGGAGCGCGUGAUGAGGACACGCUUGCCCACGCAGCAGUAAACGCUUCCAUUCUUAACAAGAUGUCAACAGCUGUACAUCGAAAUUCCUUUACUCAAGUCGGGAACGGAGUAGACUAUGAAAGUGCUCGAACGGGUCGAAGACUUCGUCGUGAAUUAUCUGCAGCAGAGAUAUAUUCGGACCAUGACCUGGAUUUAAAUAAGGACUCCUACGGCACCAGGGACAUGGAGCAAAAGUCUUCAAGAGGCACUGGAAGCAUCAAGCGCCAGUGCUCAACUUCUGAGGACAACAUACCCACUGUGCUGUCUUUGCAGCUGGCUAUGGUGCAAGGGCUGGACAGGCUUCCUGACAGCGAGGGGGCACAGGAUGUGUUGCGAGGGAAGCUCCGUCUGCUGGAAGCUGACCCCGGGAAGGUCACGACCCUGCUCUUAGAACUCUCUGCCCAUCUGUUAACCAUAAACAGUGACGACAACAUCAUAAAUGUCACCUUCAAAACCUUUGAGGAAAUCUGGAAGUUCAACACAUAUUACAAAAUGGGGUUGCUGGGUCAGUGCAUGGAGAUUUUGCUGCUGGACCAGGACUUCUGGCUGAACUCGCUGGACCAAGAGGAUGCUGGGAUAGAAAUAUCCAUCAGAGAGGAGACCAUGAAUCACAUGUACAGAGGCAUCCUCAUGCAAGAAGGAUCUUUCUUUGCUUCGUGCACGUCCAACCAAAUGUUUGACAGCUCAACGUCAGGAAGUGACCUCUAUUUGGAGAAGGGCGACAUCGCCCUCUUUGAGCCACCCUUUCUGGGCUCAGGGUGGACAGUGCUGUCUUUGGCAGACGGGUCUCGCGGAACCAAACCUAAACCAGCCCUGGAGCCAGUCAUCCCUUUCUAUGAGUGGUUUCUAAAGUCAUGUCCUGAAGGAACCAUAGUUGGCAAUGGAAAAGCCGCUCACAAUUUCCCUUAUCAUCUUGCCACAGGUGCCUGUGUGGCCACAGCAGACCAUGACGCCAACUCUCCGGACGAGCUGAGCUUUGAGGCAGGGGAUCACAUCACGGCGGUGGGGCUGCUGGCGUCCUGCUACCAGUGGUUCCUAGGGAGGAGGGAGGCCAAUGGAGAUGUAGGACUGGUGCAGAUACAUCUGGUCAAACCAGCAGAUACUCUUUGUGAGUCAACAGAUCUGUUUCUAAGCACAGAAGACCGGUUGUUCCUUAAACUGGAACAGGACAAAAUUAAGGAGGAGACAAUUGCCAUGUUGAAAAAGACAUCCCAGAGUGAUGUUGGGACUGUCUACCAACUCGAUUUGAUCAGUGAUUCCCUUCCUAUCUCAAGUAAAAUAGUUCACCAACCAGAAGAUGGAGAUGUGAAUGCCAACACAGAAGUGGAACUGAAAAAUAAAAUUGUGGAUUAUCUUCACUGUCUGGCAAAGUCUGAUGGAACGGUGUCAUCUUCAGACAAGCCUGAUGAAACUGAGGUGUCUUCAGACAAGGUGGUGGAAAGCAAGGACAUGCCGACCUUCACGGUCUGCUCCGAAGCAGAGGGCACCAGUACCGACGGGCACCACUCCCUCCUGUUGUUCCUGGGCGGCCGCGAUUUCCGCGAGGAGCUACGCUCCCUGUACACCUCUUACCCAGAAUUCCUCAUGUCCUGCUUCCGCGGGCACGCCGACGAGGAGGAGCUGGUGGCCUACCUGAGCGUCGCCCGGGAAACGGCCCGGAAGAAGCGCCAGUCGUGGGCCCAGAGCCGGAUCUGCUUCCUGCUGGGCCAGAUGUGCGCCAGCCGCUCCAAGUUCUCCCAGGCCCGGGUCUACUACGAGGAGGCCCUGAGCGUCCCCGUGGACUCCUUCUCGGACAUGCCCAUGCUGUGCGCGCUCUACGCCAACCUGACGCUCGUUUACCUGACGCAGAAGAACACAGAGAAGUACUUCGCCCUGUCGGAGCGCAUGGCCGCGCUCUUGAUGGGCGUGCCCAACGCCAUCACGGGCACGGAGGACCCCGAGGUGCUCAAGUUCCUCCUGAAAAAGGCCAUCUUGUCCGGCAACAAGCCAGCCGAGGCGCGGAGCUGUUACCUGAUGGCCAAGCUCCACCUGAAGCUCGGAGAGGCGGCGAGCGCCGUGGCCUUCCUGGAGAGGUUUCAGAUCCUCGCCGGCCAGCUGUCGGGAGUCUGCCAGGGCAUCCGUAGCCACGGCUACCUGUUGCUAGGGAGACUGUACAGCGACCUGAGCCUGCCCCACCUGGCCGUGAGCGCGGCGCACCGGGCCUCGGUGCAGGCGUCCACCACGCUCGCGGACUGCCUGUGCGGCAUCUCGCUGCUGCUGGAGAACGCGCCCCGGCUCUACGGCGUGGCCGUGCCCGCUCAGGUGGCCCCCUACCUGAGCCGCGCCGUCUACCUGGCGCGCGAGGGCUCGGAGCUCCCCCUGGCCCACGUCCACGCGCUCUGCCUCUCCCGGCUGUUCCACCAGCACGGCCUGACCGACCGCGCCGCGGGCUACAUGCGGGCGUUCCUCCGGGGCCUGGGCGCGACGACGGCGGCGACGGCGGCGGCGGUGCCCGGCGUGAGCCAGGGCGACGUGGCGGACGCCCUGAUCUGGCUGGCGUGGCUGCACGUGUGCGGCGGGCGGCCGCGCGUGGCCCUGGGCGUGCUGGACGCCGUGCUGGCCUCGCUGCCCGAGCACUGCACCACGCGGCAGGAGGGCGUGGUCUACAACAUGCGCGCCGUCGCCCUGCGCCGCGCCGGCGACCUCCGCCACGCCGCCGAGAGCUACCGGGCGGCGGCGGAGGUGUGCGAGGAGUUCGAGGACCGCCACAACUGGGCCGUGGCGCUGGCCAACCUGGGCCUCCUGUGCCUGAGGGCGCGAGCGCGGAGCCUGGCCGAGGAGCACCUGGUGCAGGCCGUGGAGCUCUUCGCCGAGCUGGAGGAGGACGAGCUGCACGGCCACGAGCUGAGCUUCAUCACCGUGCUGCUGGAGCUGGGUCAGCACUACGUCGCCCAGGGCUACCACGAGAGGGGGAAGGUCUACUACGAGUGGGCCCUGCUGCUCGCCAUCCACGCAGGACAGUCGGAGAGUCAGCUCAAGGCCACUCGUCACUUGUGUCACCUGUACGGCCAGGUGUGUCCAAAUGAGGCCCAGUGCAUCAUCUACAAUGAACACCAACUGGCUCUGGUGCAUCACAUGGGGGAUCGCAGUGUGGAGGCAGACAUUUUGGAGACCAUCAGUCAACUCUACCUAGGGCUGGGCACAGAAAAGGCCAACAGAUCAGCGCUGGAGCACACCAAGCAGAGCCUGGGCAUCUUCAUAGACCUGGGCAUGAAGAGGAAGGAGGCCAGAGCCUGGCUGCAGGCUGGCAAGAUCUAUCACAUCCUGCGGCAAACGGAACUAGUGGAGCUCCACGUGCAGGUGGCACAGGACGUGGGACUGAGCACGGGCGACACUCAGUUCAUCCUGGAGCUGCUGGAGGCCGCAGGAGACAUCUUCUUCAACAGCACGGUGGAGAGGGACAAGGCCGUCUGCUUCUACAGGGAUCGUGCCCUCCCCAUCGCUGUGAAGACAGGCAGUGUGCAGUCCCAGCUGAGGUUGUGCAAUAAACUGGCUGAGCUCCUGCUGCAGACGAGAGCCUGUGAGGAGGCUGUGGAGUUCGCCCAGACCGCACUGGACCUCAGCGUUUCACACGGAGAUCAUCUGAACGAGAGGGUUGCGUUCCAUCGCCUGGCCACGCUGUACCACUGCCUGGGUCAAUUUGAGAUGGCCGAGCACCACUACCUGAAGGCCCUGUCCCUCUGUCCCACACCGCUACAGUAUGACGAGGAGACCUUGUACUAUGUCAGAGUCUACCAGACUUUAGGGGACAUCAUCUUUUAUGACCUCAAGGACCCCUUUGAUGCAGCUGGAUACUACCACCUGGCCUUGGCGGCUGCCAUGGAUCUGGGCAAUAAGAAGGCCCAGCUGAACCUAUGCACCCGUCUGGCCACCAUCUACCAUAACUUCCUCAUGGACCGCGAGCUGUCGCUUUUCUUCUACCAGCGGGCCCGGACAUUUGCAUCAGACCUCAACGUACGCCGCAUCAACCUGGCACCCGAUCAGAACUUUCAGAGCACAGCACAGUACCGAACAGAUGCCCAGCGCUUAAGCUUGGUCGCCGCUACAGGAUAAUCAUGACGAUAGUUGGGCCAGUUCAGCUCACAGACAGCGGCCCGGAUCUCACAUUGGGCUUCCAAGUUGCUUUUAAAAUGUACCUCCCAUUGUGAGUCACAUACAGGUGUGUAAAUGACAGGAUUCACAUUUCUGGCAGAAAAUGUUUUGGUACUUUGUUGCAUUAUACUGUUGAAUUAAAUUCAAUUAAUUAUUAAAACUCACAAUAUGCAGAA